AUGCGCCUCCACCGCAGCGACAAAUACUCCUCCCCCGCCGGAACCAUGAGGUACCGGGGUGUGAGGCGGAGGCCAUGGGGACGUUAUGCCGCUGAGAUAAGGGACCCUCAAUCUAAGGAGCGGCGUUGGCUGGGGACAUAUGACACGGCGGAGGAAGCCGCCUGCGCCUACGACUCCGCUGCCAGAGUCUUGCGUGGCCCCAAGGCGAGAACUAACUUUUUGUACACUACUUCCCCUCCUCAACCUUCUUCCAUCUUCCUCACCAACAAAAACAAUCAUAAAGACAUCCUUAACCGCAGUAGCCACCUCUUCUUCAACAGCCGUAACUGCCACAUGGGUGGUUCUUCAUUUUCUACCUUCCAGCAGCUUAACUCCACAAACAUGCUCAUAGCCCCUUCUGCUUCCUUCUACUCUUACACCAACCCCAAGGACAGUUUAGUCAACUCAUCACAUGCUGGCAAUGCUAAUAACCCUUCUCUUUCAUCUUCCUUAUCAUACCCCAAGGGCAGUUUAGUCAACUCAUCACAUGGUGGCAAUGCUAACCCUUCUCUUUCAUGUUCCAUUAGCCACCAUUUAUCCUACCCCAAGGGCAGUUUAGUCAACUCAUCAAAUGGUAGCAAUGCUCCUAACCACAGCGCAGCCUUUUCUUCCUCUUGCCUGACGAACACAAACAGUGAUAAUAAUUAUAAAGCUGAUGGCAGUGAAUACUCGCAAGACUCAGACUCAUCAUCGGGGUUGUUGGAAGAGAUAGUUAGAGGUUUCUUGAAAACUCCAAAGCCCACUAAAAGUGAGUCUUUGUUGUUAUUAGCUGCUCCUACACCUACUUCUCCAUCCCAAGUUAAGGCUCACUCAUUUCCUCCUCUUUCCGCUCUUUCCACAGGCGACACCAUGAAGAAAGACCAGGAUACGGCGGCUCCCUCUAGCAUGCCUUUUACUCAGGAGAACAACAACAAUAAUAAUCAUCAUCAUCUUGAAGAGUGGCCAACCAUGGAAGACAUUUUUCAUCAGUACCCGGACUUUCUUAAUUAG